GAUUGUAAAUAAGACCGCCAAAACUGUUUUAUUUACAAAAGUGAUGCCGGCUGUUUUAGAAUACCGUUCCCAGUUGUUUUAACAGUUUUUUGGUCAUUUUUGGCUCUUUACUUCUCGCCAAUUUCCGUGUGUUUUUUACACUACGCGUAUAAUGGCGAGCUCGGCUAACUCGAACCCAGUGCCUAAACUGUACAAGACUGUGAUUGAAGAUGUGAUCAAUGAAGUGCGUGAGUUGUUCCUCGAUGAGGGUGUGGAUGAACAAGUGCUUCUGGAGCUAAAAACGCUAUGGGAAAGCAAACUGUUGCAGUCCAAGGCAGUGGAGGGCUUCCAUACAGAGGAACAGGCAGCCCUUCAGGCCGCACAGCAGCAGCAGCAACAGCCAUCACAGCAGCAAGUACAACAAGGCCAGCAGGUGACACAGCCAGCUCAGGCCCAGCAAGUCAUCCUGCCUCCCCAGCAGCAACAAGCACCCCAACAGCAAGUAAUUGUACCAGAUUCCAAGAUUCUCCAGCAUAUGACAACAACAGGGAUGAGUGCAGCUGCUACACAAGCAGCUCUGGCUCUGCCGACAGGGGUCACACCAUACCCACAGAUCAUCACCAGUUCGGGUCAGUUCGUGCAAGUUUUGCGUGCACCGAAUGGAGCUCAGUACUUCAUCCAGCAGCCAUCACAGCCCAUCCUACUGCAGCAGCAGAUGCAGCCUGGUUCAGUGCAGGCUCCAGUUAUACAACAGGUCUUGGCUCCUCUUCAAGGAGGCAUUCCUCAGCAAACAGGGGUCAUCAUCCAGCAGCCACAGCUCGUCUUAGCUCCUGGAAAUAAAGUCCAAGGCAGCACACAGGUUACGCAGGCUGCUGCUAUGGCACCUCAGCCAGGUCAGGCAGCACAGGUCCAGCAGGCCCAGGGUGCAGCAGUGCCACAGGCCCAGGUGCAGAGCCAGGCUCAGCAGGCGGCCCCUGGUCAAGCUCAGCCUCCCAUGAUGCUGCAGGUAGACGGCGCUGGCGACACAUCGUCAGAUGAAGACGAGGAUGAUGAAGAGGAGUAUGAUGAGGACAUGGAAGAGGAAAAAGAUAAGGACGGGGGAGAAGAUGGGCAGGUGGAAGAGGAGCCCCUGAAUAGUGGAGAUGAUGUGAGUGAUGAUGGGGAGGACCAGGAGCUGUUUGACACAGAGAAUGUAGUUGUGUGCCAGUAUGAUAAGAUCCACAGGAGUAAGAACAAAUGGAAAUUUCACCUGAAGGACGGGAUCAUGAAUCUGAACGGAAGAGAUUAUGUCUUCUCCAAAGCCAUCGGGGAUGCCGAAUGGUGAGAGUGGACGACUAAGCCAGGCAACGGGAUCAGGAUUUUUUUUACUCCUCCUAUCCAGUUAAUGGCCUAUAUCAAUAUCCAUCCUUAUCCUGUGACUGGAUUGGAUUGCAGCAAGUCUGACGAGUCUUUUAAGAACUCAAAGGACUGCAAGAUCCUUUAUUACAAGCCAGAUGUCACUGGUCGCUCAACAAACAGCUUUGCGGGAUGAGAAACUGAAAGCGAAAGGGAAACUCGCCCUCUUUGUUUCUCAGCCUUCUAGCAUUUACCUUAGUGAAUUCCCUCACAUCAUUUCACAGGAUGCACGUGUCAGAGGACCAGAGUGUGAUGACAUUGAAAGUGUGUAAAUGCACUGCUUGUUGUUUGACACUUUCAGCGUGUCUACACUAAUGAAGUUGAAACUUAGAGAUUGCUGCCUUCACAUCUGCCGGAAGUUACUUCUGGCCUCACUUUUCUUUUUGUUCAUUCUACGAAUUUUUGAGAAAGAUGCUGAGGUUUAAAGAGCUUAAUUGUUUUAAAGUUUCUUUUAAAUUGAAGGGUUAUAACAGAGAAGUUGAAUAACGUGAAAUUUAGCAUAAUUUAUACUUGUUUAAAGGCAUUAUUUUAAAUCAAGCAAGAAAUGAUUCCAAAUGUUCUUCUUUCCCCCUUGUCAGCUUUUCAGUAGCGUCAUUCCACCAAGCAAAAUAGUCAGCGCCAUCCCUUGUUUAAUUGAUUUCUCUGCAGCCUUCAGUUUACUAAUACGAGUGUACGCUUUACGUAGUCAAGUGUGUUCACUCUGCGUGUGCGUUUGUCAAUUGUAUAACUGAGCACCCUUUAAACCUCCCAGAAAACUGUAUGUUACCACUUUUAGCGCAACACUUGACGCAAUUUUCUAUUUAUUCAUGAAAGUUUUUUUUUUUUUUUUUUCUGAUCUGCACCAAACUGUGCUCUUACAAUCAAAUAAGUGUUCCUUUUUUGUUGGCUGAGCAAAGCUGUGUGACAUUGUUACCAAUCAUCUUGGAUGUCCUGUUGUGUUCGUUGUAGUCCUUGAUUUUUCUAACAGGCAUGUUUUCUAUUGAGAGGAUUUCAAAUGGGGUUAGGCGGGACAGAAUGGUGUGAGUUUCUCAAAUGUUUUAGUAACCUAUUGCAGAAAUAUUAAAGUACAUGUUUUGUGGGGGCUUUGGAGUUAACUCACUAGUGAGUGGGCUCCCUGAUUAUAUUGUGAAUACACGUCAACCUUAAGAAGGAAGCAUUUGUACGUGUUCAUGUGAGCAACCUUGGUGUCUUUUGGCAUUUAAGCGGUCCCAAAAAUGUUUUCUGGCUAAAGAAAAUUGAGUAAUUGAUUUUAUUCAUUAGCUCUGUGUGAAUGAUGGCUCAUAGAAGAGAGUCACGGUUGUUCCCACAUACUGUACUUCAAUGUUGAGUGUGCCUUUUUGAUUUGUACUCCUGCUCUUCUUGUACUUCCCAAGGAGGGUGUCUGAGAAAUGUUUUGACCUUUGCUCUGUCGUGACUUCUACUAGCUGUUGAAACGUAUUGUUCAAUAAAAUGUUUUAUAAAUUCCACUAUACUCA